AUGAAUACUUCAGCACGCAUCCGUAGACGGUGGACAUCUGCGGAAGACCAGACCUUGAGAGAAGAGGCAAGUUAUCAGCUGGCUGAGGGAGCAGUGAGAGACUGGAACCGAGUUGCCGCUAAAGUUCCCGGACGGACAAACAAGGACUGUCGAAAGAGAUGGGCCAAGAUUUCUGGGACGGUGAAGAAGGGCACUUGGGAACCAGACAAGGACAUCCGACUUCAAGAAGCCGUCGAGAGCUGCGGUACACGAUGGGUACAGGUGGCUAGGUUGGUUGGGUCGCGCCACGCAGACCAGUGCGCAAAGCGGUGGACUCACAGCCUUGCUCCCAACAUCGACCACAGCGAGUGGAAAGAGGACGAAGAAAACCGAUUACUGGCGGCAGUUGCCAUACAUGGCAGAGACUGGAGGCGGAUCGCAGAAACAUCCUUCCCUGGUCGCUCAAAUUUGGACUUGAAAAACCGUUACGCCGUGUUGGAAAGGAGAUCGUUGGCGGCCAUCGGCUCCAACGCUGGCAGCUCCUCGGCAUUCUACAUGCCAAACACCGCAGCGAGCGAGAGUAUGAGCAUGCUAGAUGACUCUGACUCGAGUGAAGAUGAACUCACCGACGAAACCGGACCAUCUCCACAAUGUCCAACCAGUAGUGGCUCUUGUCCACCGCAACGGGGAAACCCGAAUGCCGUAGAAGACCCAAACUUCUGGUCACUCCUGUCCUUGCCUCCUCCAAGCAGCUUCGGCCCGCCGCACCCACCUAUGCCACCGGUAGAUACAGACAAUCCUGUUCCUGGAGGAGGGGGAUCGGAUCCGAUGGAAAGCCUGCUACUAUCACCGCCCCGUUCACUCCCAGUAGACUUCAAGGCGACAACAAUGGAGGACGAUUACUUUGGCCCGAUGGCCGCUCCGAUGUCGAUGAAUUCUACCUCGGAUCCUUUCGAUUUACUUCCACAGUCGGUUCCACCACACAACCCAAGAGGAAUGCUUCCGGCAACAGCGCCGAUAUCGGGUCCGAGAGUGGCCACGCCGUCGUUGCCCCAUUCGAAGAGCCUUCCGAUUGUUCCAAGUGCCCCCUUGGCCGAUCGAUCCGGGAGGACCACUGGCAUGUCGACACCUAUAAGCCGGACGACCAUAGAACUUGAGAAUGUCCCACUGGAUACUUUGUCGCGGGUAAUGGACGUAUUGUAUCAAGCGAGAGCCAAGGUCCGCAUGGAGACAACUCAUGAGGGCUCAUUUCCGGGCACCACUCUAGAUGAUCUAUGA